AUGUUGUCAUGCAGUGGUUUCAUGUUUCCAGAGCAUGCAGUAAAGGGUAUAUUUUCAGUGAAAUCUGAUGUUUUCAGCUUUGGUGUGAUCGUAUUAGAGAUGAUAAGUGGAAAAAAGAACACACCAAAGCUGAUCGAUAUAUGUUUGAAGGAUUUGAUUAUUGAAUAUCAAGUUCUAAGAUGCAUGCAGGUGGGCUUAUUAUGUGUUCAGAGUUUUCCUGAGGAUAGGCCAACAAUGUCAUCUGUAAAUUUUAUGUUAGCAAAUGGAGACUUGACUUUGCCUCUUCCGAAAGAGUCGGGUUUCUUCACCGACAAGAGUUUGGACGCAGAUAUAGCGGCAUUGAAUAAUGCAGAGUUGCCUACAAUAAAUGCAGUAACUAUAACAAUGCUUGGAAGAAGAUAG